AUGGAGCAAUGGCAGGCGUACAGCGACGCUGCCAAUGCCGUCGGCCAGAGACGAUACAAUGGUAGCAGCCAAAUGACCCCGCGAGACUACAACACCAGCGCCCAGGGCCCGGCGCAACCCCCCGCUGGGUACAAAUACGAACAGUACCAGGGCGGGUUGAACCCAUCGUCGGCGACGUCGCCCAUUACGAGCCCUCAACUACGCGAUGGAAAUGGCGACGUCCAAAUGCAUGACGCCCACGAUUCCUAUGCCGGCAUGAACUCGACCGCCACUUAUCCCAUGAGGCCCCUUCAUCAACACCAUCUCUCGGGUGGCAGAGCCGCAAAUCUCCAGCAAGAGACCUCUGCCGCAGCGCAGCGAUACUCACCCAUGGAAGUGCUUUCUCCAACAUCUCCAUACGGGCCCAAGUCCGCCUCGCAGUUUUCGCAACAGCCCGCGCAACGACAGUCGCCCACUCGGCCGUCCGAGUACACGGCGCAGAGCUCUUACUAUGCGCCCCGACAAGGAGCUCCCCAACUGCCACCGAUCAAUUCCUACCAGUCGGGACAGGACAGCUACUCGCCCUCGACCAUGACCCCCAUGGACUCGUCAUAUGCUGACCCAAAGUCCCCGAAGCGGGUUCCGCCGCAAUCGAACAGCGUGCCGUUGAAUGACAAAGGCCCUGUGCCAGAAUUCAAGAGGAUUCGAGCCCCGACAGAUUUGAGACCCAAGGUCAACGAUCAGCCUGCCUUCCGACGAGCUAAUCCCGAAGGUGGCUUCAUCAGCCCGCUUCAAGCGCUCACGGUUCAUCUCCCCGCUACCUACCGUAUCUGCAACCCUGGUUUUAAGUACGAGUCGUCACGCAACCCUCGCCGAGUCCUGACGAAGCCGAGCAAGGGAGUCAAGAAUGACGGCUACGAUAACGAAGAUAGCGACUACAUCCUCUACGUUAACGAUAUUCUUGGCUCCGAGGAGGCUGGUCACAAGAACCGCUAUUUGAUCCUUGACGUCCUCGGCCAGGGAACAUUCGGCCAGGUCGUCAAGUGCCAAAACCUCAAAACGCAGGAGGUGGUUGCGGUCAAGGUGAUCAAAAACCGCACAGCCUACUUCAAUCAGAGUAUGAUGGAAGUGUCCGUUUUGGAUCUGCUCAAUAGCAAAUUGGACAAAAAUGACGACCAUCAUCUCCUGCGGCUUAAGGACACCUUCAUUCACAGACAACACCUAUGCUUGGUCUUUGAGCUGCUGAGUGUGAAUCUCUAUGAGCUGAUCAAACAGAACCAGUUCCGGGGUCUAAGCACAACCCUGGUCCGCGUGUUUGCCCAACAGCUGCUCAACGGCUUGGCCCUGUUGAACAAGGCAAGGCUGAUCCACUGCGAUCUGAAACCCGAAAACAUCCUUCUCAAGAACCUCGAAAGCCCGAUAAUCAAGAUCAUCGACUUCGGGUCCGCAUGCGACGAGCGGCAGACUGUAUAUACGUACAUCCAAUCCAGAUUCUACCGGUCGCCCGAAGUGUUACUCGGCUUGCCAUACUCCUCUGCCAUCGACAUGUGGUCGCUGGGCUGCAUCGUGGUCGAGCUGUUCCUGGGUCUCCCCUUAUUCCCCGGUUCUUCCGAGUACAACCAGGUUGCAAGAAUUGUCGAAAUGCUCGGCAACCCCCCGAAUUGGAUGAUUGAGAUGGGCAAGCAAGCUGGAGACUUCUUCGAAAGGAGGCAAGAUGAGUUUGGAAGACGGACCUACGUCCUGAAGAGUAUGGAGCAGUACUCGAGAGAGCGCGGCACGAAAGAGCAGCCGAGCAAGAAGUACUUUCAGGCCAACACAUUACCGGAGAUCAUCAAGUCGUACCCGAUGCCCCGGAAAAACAUGAAGCAGUCGGAGAUUGACAGAGAGAUGAACAACCGCAUCGCAUUCAUCGACUUCGUCAGGGGUCUGCUGACUAUCAAUCCGCUCGAAAGAUGGUCGCCGCAACAGGCGAAGCUGCAUCCUUUCAUCACGCAACAAAAGUUUACGGGACAAUUUGUACCGCCGAUGAACCUCAAGUCGAGCUCGCUAAACCGGUCCCCAGCACCCGGUACUCAGCAGCAGUUGCAGGCUGAAGCAUUGAGCAAACAACGAGCGCAAGCUGCGCAAGCACAAGCCCAGGCCCAGGCACAGGCACAGGCAAACGCUGCGGGCCAAGGGGCCUAUGGCUCCAUGGUCCCCGGUCAAUACCAGCAACAGGGCCACACGCAACCGCAAUCCAUGUAUGCAAACAACAGCUUGUACUCACCCGGCGCACACUCAGGCGCCCCGCCCCCAUACUCCGGCCAGCCGAGCGGAUAUGGCCAGAUGGGCAUGUCACCAGGCCAAGUCCAGAUGCCGCCCGCCAAUUACACGGCAGGUAUUCCGCAAUCCAACAUGUACUCGCAGCAAGGACGAGCAAGGCCGCGUGCUUCAACAAUGGAGCAGCAACAAAGCGGAAUCCCACCCGCGAUCCAGAGGGUCGCCAGCCACCUCGACCCCACACAGCCCAUUCGGCUUCAGCCUAGUCCUGCCUAUUACCCGCCACCUCCUGAGGGUAUGGCCAACAUGGACCACCAGACUCCGGGGAGGGCUGUAAGGAGAGGGAGCCGAGCGCAGCAAACUGGGCGUGGUAACCGCGACUUUAUCCGAAACCUGGAGGAGCGGACGCUGGAAGAAGGAUUCAUGAGCAGCGGCCAGUCACAGUGGCAUUGA